CUCAAAAUGAUCUCCCAACCCAGAAAACAGCACCCUUCUCUCUCCAAGCUACCACUUCCACCAACAGAAUCUGAGUAAUGUCUGACAUAAGAAAGGUCUCGACACCUAUCAUCAGCUCCAGCCUCGUUGUUGGUGGUUGCGGUUUUCUCGGGUACCAUCUCGUACGACAACUUCUCCAAGAUGACGAAAGCGGCGAGGUCUACGUGCUGGACCGGGAUGUAUCCAGAAACCGGCACGACAACGCCUCAUACUUCAAGGGGGAUAUCUCUGAUGGUGAAUUUGUGCGAGGAGUAGUGAAUGACAUUCGACCUAGUGUCAUUUUUCACUGUGCUUCUCCGAUCGCAGCAUUGCCCAUGAGCAGAGAGCGCGAAUUUUACGAGACAAAUGUCAAGGGCACUGAGGCCCUGCUUACGGUUGCGUCUGAAUGCGAUGCUGUUCAGGCCUUUGUCUUCACCUCUAGUGUUGACGCGUACGCCAAUCCGCCUCAUACAAAUGCUGAUGAGACAUAUCCUCUUUGGUCACCCAACGACAAGUCGAAUGAGUACAAUCGGACAAAAGCAAUUGGCGAUCAUCUAGUUCGGGGAGCCAAUGGCCCAAGACUACGUACGGUCACUCUACGACCCGGUCACGCUUAUGGAGAAAGACAUGUCCAAGGCAUGGUUGAGGUUCUCGAUAUGUGCAAGAACAAGAAGCUCGUGCAGAUCGGAGAUGGGAAGAAUCUCAUGGAAGUCGUAUCUGGGGAGAACAAUGCGAUAGCACAUGUUCUCGCUGCAAAAGCUCUCCUGGACCCAAGUCGUGCAUCCGGCAAAGUUGAUGGAGAAGCUUUCAAUGUCUCCGAUGGAGCUCCAGUACCGUUCUGGCAUCACACGGGAGUUAUCUGGAAAACAGCCAGAGGUGAAGAUGUCUUCAAGGACGUGAUUGUGCUGCCUGCCUGGGUGAUGAUAGUAGCAGUCUUCUUAGCGGAGUGGACAUUCUGGAUACUCACUCUUAACACGGCUAAGCCGCCUGUUGAGCUACGAAGAGUCUCACUAGAGUAUUGCGUCUACACGCAUACUCACAGCAUCGAAAAGGCUAGGAAGAGAUUGAGCUUCAAUCCUGUUUCCGAUCACGAUGCGGUUGUGGCGCAGUCGGCAAGAUGGAUGUUGAAAUAUCGAGAGAGCAUGAAGCAGAAGUCUAGUUAA